AAUUGACAUUGAAAAUGACUUUGAUGUGGCAGGAAGAACUGAAACCUGGCUGAAUGGCCACCAAGAUACACCCUUCAUCUUUAUGAUGAGGCACGUAUGAAGAGCUAUGGCUGUGGCACCAGGCUCUCACUUGGGGCUCUUUCAAAUCACAUUCUCAAACUUGCUUAAUCUCAGUCUGGGUCACAAAGGAGAGGGCUGGACUACAGGGCCAUUUUGGAACUUCCAAAGGACAUUUUUUUGGGCAAUAACCAGAUGUGAGACUCAGACCAGUUACAAUAGCACUGUGAGGUGGUAGCACUACACACUGCACCACCCUGGGGCUGUUCAAUGAAAACACAAACCAUGGGACUUAUUGGCACUAUUUUGGAGGGGCAUCCAUAGCACCAGAGUUUUAGUUUAAUAACACAUCCGGGGACAAAAUGUAGGGGGAAAAAAGAGUGGCAUUUGUGUGGCAUUUUGAGCAUGUGUUUAAAGACCUAAAAAGACGAGGAAACUGUGUACUAAGUAGAUUACUGCAAUGCUCCAAAUCAAACCUCCAUCAUUCUUCUUGCCUUUUCAAUGUCUUCACCCCCUUCUGCUAAAGUUGUCCUAUUUGCACCCUACUUUGUUCCGUUUUUCCUAUGCCUUUUCGUUGACACUCUAUGUCAUUUAACUUUGUCGUCACUCUGCAUGUAGACUAGGCCAUUGUCAGCUAUUGUAACAGCAGGACCACCUAAUGGUUGCAGCUGCCUGAUGCACACUCCAUGACAUAUUCUGAAGCAGAAGAGAAGCUAAAAGAGCAUCUUCUGCUCCCAUAUACUUAAAGGACACUUUCAUGCCAAGUUUGUACCAUCGGGUUUGUUAGCAUUGUAAACAUGGAGUGCAAUAUUAAUUGUAAAGUUUUAGCAGUGGUGGUGAUAGUAUUGUCAUGUGUACAGAGUACAGGCAAAUUCAUGCUUGUCUGACCAACGGGGCAAGUGUUGCCACUCUCAGCCGCCCUGAUCAACAAGGAUUCUCACGUGGCAUGCCCAUUAGAUACCCAUCCACUGCUAACAUGUCUCCAGUGGAGUCUAAAGCCAGGCUGGUACUAAACAUCAUGAAGACAAAUAUAUCUUGAGUUUGAGUGUAUAAUGGCAAGACCACCCAGAUCCUCCCAGUAUCAUGGUGGUGGACUCACUCCACAGUGGCAAAGCUAAGAGGAUGAUUUUAUACAAUGAAGCAAUCUGUGAAAUAAUUUCCGUAAAAUGGAUGCAAUACAUGGGAAUGCAACGCAACCGUAAAAGAGCAUUCCUUUAGCCUUGCCAGCUUUCAGCCCAGAGAGGCCAUAGGAGGAGCAUCGUCAACCUCCUCCUCUCACUUUCACACUGGUGCAGAAAGCAGGUGCUGUCUACAAGAGAGGGGCUUGUGUACAUUACUGUGAGAAAAGCCAGACGGUGGGAAGGAUAUGUGGUAUAAACAGCUGGGGGCGAGAUUUCUUCACCGGCACUUAGCAAGAGUGCACACAGAACACUCCAGCACGAAGAUCACAGCAGCAGGGCAGAGAUUAACCUCUGCAUCCAGCGAAGGACAAUCUCGGAGAGGCCGGUGGCUGGUGUCGAUGGGUGCAGUAUGAGUUGUCCAUCCCGAACUCACCCACUUAUACAGCGCUCCUUCUCUCUCUCCUCCAUCUUCUCCAUAUCUCACCACUCCCUGGGUGAAGUUUUGCCAGGCCGGAGCCAUUGGAGCGACCAAUCAUCCGUCCUGCAGAGCUCGACUGCUGAACAGAAGACCUACAACCUGCAGGAGCUACCCCCAACCAGCAAGGUGGGCUGCCAGUACAGUCGGAAGAAUUCACAGGCUGUCUUAAGUUCAGAUUUAGCAGCUGCCCAGGUUUCUUCUAAGGCUAUCAUCACUGGAAGCUUCUCUGAUUGGACAAGCAGCAGCAGCAGCAGCGGCAGCAGCAGCAUGAGCUACCAGGUGGCUGAACAAAAGACCUGUGAGGUUACUGAUCACCUGGAAGACAGUGAGGAAAGUGAUGAAGAUAACUGCACCAGGGACUUGCUGGCCACCUCUUGGGAUGACCUUUCCAUUUUGGAACGUCUUGGCCUCAGCAGCAUGCAGAUGACUGAAGUGGAGGCAGAGACUGCUUUUGCUCAGCUUUCGCUGGCAUUCAAGUGUGACCAGUAUACCCUGAAGAAGAGGCUGCAGGUUGAGGAAAGGGCCCGUGAUGUGGCAGAGGAGAACAUCAAAAGGGAGUUGGAGGCUGGCUGCACCAUACUGAAGACUCUGAAAUCUAUGUGUCCCGAUAAGAAACGGCUUGAAGUUUUACAGCAGCUGGAGCUCAGCCUACAGAUCUUGUCAAAUGCCAUUGGACGUAUCACAUGUACUGCAGAACUGCUGGGAGCAGUCCACCAGGAGGCCAGAAUGAGCCGUGCUGUGGAGCUGAUGGUAGUUCAUGUGGAAAAUCUCAAAAGACGUCAUGCAAAGGAGCAUUCAGAGCUUGAAGAGACAAAGAGGCUUGUUCAGAGAAAUAUCCACAGCCGCAAGCUUAGUGACAGCAGAGAUGAAAGUGAGACACGUCAAAAGCUACAACGGCCCUCACUCCAGCACCCUGUGAGAAGAAGAGUGAGCAUUGCAGUUAUUCCUAAGCACCUGCAGCAGUCUCAGAACUCUGAAGCAAAAAUAGUUGAUUCUGGGAAAAUCAAAGACGAUUUGGAGUCCCUAGAAGUGACGAAGGAUGGGAGCCAAGAUUGCAGCAGGUUUCCUCUUCAUAGUUCCACCAAGGAAUCCCAUGCUAGCUGUUCCCAGAUGCCCCUCAUACUCUCCCUGUCCCCAUCACAACAAGUGGAUUCCUCUGACAGUCAAGAUGAAGAUGAUGACAAAUGUGUGAAUAGUUUCUUUCAGAUGUAUUGUGUAAUAAGGCUGCUUGGUUUAGAACCUCUCGUUAACUUUUCUACACAUUCAGCAGUAGUGCAGCAAUGGCAUAAGUGGGGUUACUCUCAAAAACUGUUACCAAGUCUAUUCAGCAGCCAAGCUCAAUGGCGUCAACUCCUGCUGUGGGUGCUUAUCGGUAUGGCAUCCUGUGUCCUGCUGGUGGCCUUCUUUUCCUGGUUAUAUUCAUGUAUUGGUUUUAUAGGCUGAACUUUGAUGCUAUACGUUUACUCAUACUUAUCCUGUUAUAUUCUGAACCUUUAAUAAAGAUUUACAUUCGAGUAAU